CAUGGAUUCCCCCCACUUUCCUUCAGUUCUCAGAGUUCUUCUCUUUGGUUUCUGGGUUUUACCAUUGUUUCCCGAGUUUGUAGUGAGCAUAACAAGGCACUACACAUUUAAUGUGGAGUACCUGAAUGUGACUAGAUUGUGUCACACAAGGAACAUUCUGAGUGUGAAUGGUAAAUUCCCAGGACCUCGCUUGGUUGCAAGGGAAGGUGAUAGAGUUGUGGUUAAGGUUGUUAACCAUGUCUCAAACAAUGUAACCAUUCAUUGGCAUGGUAUCCGUCAGAUAACAAGUGGGUGGGCUGAUGGACCAGCAUAUGUGACACAGUGUCCUAUACAAACCAACCAGUCAUACACAUACAACUUCACCAUUGUUGGGCAGAGAGGAACUCUGCUUUGGCAUGCUCACAUAUCAUGGCUAAGAGCCACCAUUUAUGGCCCCAUCAUCAUCCUCCCCAAGCACAAUGAAUCUUAUCCAUUCCAGAAACCAUACAAAGAAAUCCCCAUUCUUUUUGGGGAAUGGUUUAAUGUAGACCCAGAAGCUGUAAUAAGUCAAGCCUUGCAGACAGGAGGGGGACCUAAUGUUUCAGAUGCAUACACCAUCAAUGGACUUCCUGGGCCUUUGUAUAAUUGUUCCUCUAAAGAUACAUACACACUAAAGGUGAAGCCAGGCAAGACAUAUCUGCUAAGGCUAAUCAAUGCUGCACUCAACGAAGAACUCUUCUUUAGCAUAGCCAAUCACACCCUAACUGUGGUUGAAGCAGAUGCUAAAUACACCAAACCAUUUGACACAGAUACACUCCUCAUAGCACCUGGACAAACCACAAACGUUCUUCUCAAAACCAAGCCAUAUUUUCCCAAUGCCUCGUACCAAAUGGCUGCUAGACCUUAUUUCACAGGCCGUGGCACCUUCGACAACUCCACCACUGCUGGUAUCCUCGUUUACACGCAACCUUUGCACCAUUCUUCUCUCAAAAAUCUCACCCUUCUCCAACCAACUUUGCCACCCAUAAAUGCCACAAACUUUGUGGCAAACUUCACAGCAAAAUUCAGAAGCUUGGCCAAUGCUAAAUUCCCCGUCAGCGUACCCCAGAAGGUGGACAGAAAAUUUUUCUUCACUGUGGGGCUCGGGACCAAUCCUUGCCCCAAAAACACAACAUGCCAAGGGCCAAGCAACAGCACCAAGUUUGCAGCCUCAGUGAACAACAUUUCCUUUGCACUUCCAUCAUCUAUUUCCAUCAUGCAGGCUUACUACUCUGGACAGGCUAAUGGGGUUUUCAAGACUGAUUUUCCUGCCACCCCUUUGAACCCUUUCAACUACACAGGAACACCUCCAAACAACACAAUGGUCACUAACGACACAAAGUUGGUGGUGCUCAAGUUCAACACCAGCGUGGAGGUAGUGUUGCAGGACACUAGUAUUCUUGGGGCUGAGAGCCACCCCUUGCAUCUUCAUGGUUAUGACUUCUUUAUUGUGGGGCAAGGAUUUGGAAACUAUGACCCUAACAAUGACCCUGCAAAGUUUAAUCUUGUUGACCCAGUUGAGAGGAACACAGCUGGUGUUCCUGCUGGUGGCUGGAUUGCUUUUCGGUUUAAAGCAGACAACCCAGGAGUGUGGUUCAUGCACUGUCACCUGGACGUGCACACAAGUUGGGGAUUGAGAAUGGCAUGGCUAGUAUUAGAUGGGGCUGGACCCAACCAGAAGCUGCAACCACCCCCUUCUGAUCUUCCAAAAUGUUGACUUUGACUAACCCUUUUGGGUCCGGGUUCAUUGGUUUUGCAUCAUUUCUUCCUCAGUUCCUCUCCAAUGUUUCUUGUUCCUUUCUUUUCGACAAAUGUUUAUUCUUUUGAUGUGUAGAGGGAAACAAAUAAGUUGUGACUCGUGUAAGUGUGGGGUUAGUUUGUUGAGGUAAACGGUUCGGUUUGGUUUGUCUUGAUGUUGCUGUCAUGUUUGGUUGGUUGGUUUGGAAUGAGCAGUCACAGGGGUUUUGCCUCCUUACAGAAUGUUCAAAGCAAUUACCGAUAAUUAAAAUUUGAUUGAUUCCUCUCA